AUCGCGUACAUCAAGUCUUUGGGAAGGCCGGAAAACGUCGUGCGGGGUUAGAUGCUCUCACAAAUCGCUUGAUUCAUGGCGAAAUUUUUACGGCUAUCCAUUGUCUUCCUUCUAUGGCUCUCAGUUUUCGUUUCAGAGACUGCUAUGGUGAAAAUUCAUCGUGCUGUGCCGCGAAAUGCCAAGCAAACACGCGCAGAUUCAGACUUGAGUUGGUUUGGUUUUGAACCCUGUAAAUUUCUGCCUGACUUGUCGAAGAUGUUCGUGAAGAAAGAAGCGUGGUUAUACUCGAUUCCGGCCACAAUUCUCGUUGGAAUGUGCGGUAUAUUUCCUCUUCUUGUGAUUCCUGUGGAAGCUGGACAGGCUUUGCGAGAAGGCGUCACAGCGGAUCAUCUGAAGUUGCUUUUAAGUUUUGCUGUCGGUGGUUUAUUAGGAGAUGUUUUUCUUCAUCUGUUGCCAGAGGCUUGGGCUCAUGUUCAUGAAGGAGAUCCACAUACCAACCAUUUCUAUAUUGGCUUUUGGGUGCUGGCUGGAAUGUUUGGAUUUUUAACUUUAGAAAAAAUAUUUGCUGAAGAAAAUGAAGAUGAAAAAAGUCUCAAGGAGAAGGACAAAAGUGAAGGAAAGGAUGUCACAAAUGGUGCCAUUUCCAAUGGAUGUGCUCAUCAUGAAAACUCAGCUAAGAAGAAAGAUGUAUGCAAUGGAGAACUUCAUAAUGGGACAGUUUCAAAUGGAGACAUUAAAAAGUCAGACACACAUCUAAGGCAAAGAAAUAGAGAUACUUCAAGCGAUAGUAACACACCAAAAGAAACAGUUCAAGAAACAGCUCUUCAAGAAACACAAGACACAAAGGAAGAAAAUGUUAAAGUUAUUGGAUAUCUUAACUUGUUAGCUAACUCAAUUGAUAAUUUUACACAUGGCCUUGCUGUUGCUGGGAGUUUUGUUGUCAGUACAAAGGUUGGAUUGUGUACAACAUGUGCAAUUCUUUUGCAUGAAGUACCACAUGAAGUUGGUGACUUUGCUAUCCUUUUAAAAUCUGGGUUCAGAAGAUGGGAUGCAGCAGUAGGACAAAUGGUUACAGCAUCAGCUGGACUUGCUGGUUGUAUUUUUGGACUAAUAGCUGAUCAUGCAGGAGAUUCAACGGCCUGGGUUCUUCCUUUCACCUCAGGAGGCUUUAUCUAUAUUGCCUUGGUAACCAUUGUUCCAGAUCUUUUAAAGGAAACAAGACCAAAGGAGUCAAUCAAACAGACUAUCAUGAUGAUUGCUGGAAUCUCUUGCAUGGGGCUUGUCUCACUGAUUCACUAGACUAAACUUUUCACCAACUGUAGGAAUUUUUUACCAGUAGCACAUUCACACACAUGGAAACGUUUGCGUUUAUAUUUGUAGUAUAGGACAAGUAAUUAUUGAUAAUUGAGUUUAAAGAAAAAAAAAACUCCUUAAAAGUUAUUUUCGCUCAACUGUAAAAGCAAUGUUCACUCUUAAUUCUAGAAUUCGGAGACAUAAUGUACAGCAGUAAUAAAUGAAUAAAUAUAAUUAUUUUAAUGUAAUUACCUUUAUAUGUAACGUAAAAUUGCUAUUUAUUAACAAGACAAAGGCAAUGCUAGAGUUGCAGUAAGAAUUGAUGGUUAUGAAACAGAGCCUAAAAUAAAUGACUGUGCUUUUGUAGUUCAAAAAAUUUGCAAGCAAUAGAAUUAGGACAGGGUAGUUGACAGUGUCUGAUGUGGUUUUAAAAUGAGUACCGGUUAGUAACAAAAUUUUGGCCUUUGUUAUAUUUAACCACAUACAUGUAAAAUGGUCGAACAUGAGACAAUAGUCCAACUGGUUUAUAUUAUCCAACCAGUUUAAUUGGUCAAAUGGAAUAUUAGUAGCACUUUGUAAUGGAUUUGAUUUGAAGUGCUCGUUAAACCUUCAGCGAUUUCUUUUAAAUUAGUAUAUGACCAGUAUGGGCCAGCUUGUGCUUUAUGGGAAAAUAUAACAAAAACCCUCAAGGCACAAGGACUGGCAAUACACAGCUAAGCAUGGGGUCAUGUAUUAUGUGAAGAUGGAAAAAAAAUGCAAAAAGGAAAGGGAAAGAGCAGUGGUCAUAGUUAUGCUAAAAUGCUUUUAAGUUGAGUCAAAGGGGAAAACAUGCGGGUUUUAGUUAUCAGGUAUGGACCUCAAGCCAAAUUUUUUUCCUGUUUUUUGGGGGUUUGGUUUAUUUUCCUGCCCUCCCAGUCUCCCACUCUGUCACUAAGUACAGAGAGUUGAAUAUGAGAAAUUAGAAUUUAAAAAAUAGAGUAUUAGGGGUGUGCCUAUGCAAAUCCUUUGAUCAGGGUCUACUAGGGUUCUCAAGUCAAUGAAAUUUUUUAUUUUUUCUUUACAGUAAGGUAGUAAAUCUGAGAAAAAUGUGGCAACCUUAGUCAUGUAGGUUUACCACUGUUAUUUUCACUUAACUAAUUGUCAUGAUAUAUUUUCCACAGAACAUUGUUACUGAGAAUAUUUUGAAAUCAUGGUAUAAUAGCAAUAUUUUUUGAAUAGAUUCUGUAUAAUCUGACAUAAGAUCUCAAUCAUUGGGGAAUUUAAUUUUUAAUUGUAGCAGAUAAAGUAACUCAUUAAGUUAAAAAAGAAGAAGGAGUUCUAACCGUAUUUUGACAUAAGUUAUUGCACUUUAUUUUACAAAAUGUGAAUGAGAAACAGAAGGGUAGCCACAAUCUGGGUCAAAACAGUUGACACAUUGCUAUGAAGAGCCGGAUAUUUUGGAAUUGGAUACACAUUUCAUCCGUUUUACUGAACACUUUCUAACCCUCUCUCCCAUGUACUGGAUAGUGGUUCACUUUGUUUUUUGUGAAUAUACAAAAUUGAAUAAAUACAAUACAAUAUUGAAA